CCUGAUUAUCAGGUGGCGCUACCAGUGAACUCACGGUUGAAUAGGCCGCCCUGACCGAGGAUCAAGCGACGUGACGGGUGGCGGAGAGAGAGACAGGUCCUCCCAUGUGAUGUGACCGAGGCCUGACGGACCGUGCCUGUGUGUUAUGGCUCCUCCUGCUACAGUAGAACGGGACCAGACGUAAGACCAGUGCAGGGGAACGGGAAUAACACACCGCCGUACGCGUUUUUCUCUUCUACCGGAGCCGCGGCUAGAACAUGGCAGAUCGUGCAGCGUUGACGAAGAAGACAUAGUCGAUGUGCCCGGCGUCGCCUCUUCUGCUGUGAAAGGCUUCGACAUUUCCUCAGGAUUAACAACACCCCAAAUGAACUCCGUCAGAGCAAGUAACGUUAGCAGAAGACCCAGGCGAGUGUCGAGGCCGCGCCCGGUGCAGCCGGAGAGGAACCACCAGGAAAGAGAUGAGGACGUUCCUGCAGAUAUGGUUGCAGAAGAAUCCGGUCCAGGAGCUCAGAACAGUCCCUACCAACUUAGAAGAAAGUCUCUACCCAAGAGAACUGUGUGUCCGACAAAGACAAACAUGGAGGGUGCUUCCACUUCAACCACAGACAACUUUGGACACCGACCUAAGCGUCCCAGAGUUUCAGGGAAGUGUCAAGAAUUACCAGCAGCUCCAGCAGAGCAGUACUUGCAGGAGAAGCUUCCAGACGAGGUGGUGCUAAAGAUCUUCUCGUACCUGUUGGAGCAGGACUUGUGCCGUGCCGCAUGUGUGUGCAAACGCUUCAGUGAGCUGGCCAAUGACCCCAUCAUCUGGAAGAGGCUUUACAUGGAAGUUUUUGAAUACACACGACCCAUGAUGCACCCUGAGGCAGGGAAGUUCUACCAGAUAAACCCAGAAGAGUAUGAGCAGCCAAACCCGUGGAAGGAAAGUUUUCAGCAGCUGUAUAAAGGAGCACAUGUUAAACCAGGCUUUGCGGAACACUUCUACAGUAAUCCUGCCAGAUACAAAGGGAGAGAUAACAUGUUUUAUUAUGACACCAUCGAGGACGCUCUCGGAGGGGGUCAGGAGCCUCACUUUGACGGCCUCAUAUUCGUUCAUUCUGGUAUUUACACAGACGAGUGGAUCUACAUCGAGUCGCCUAUCACAAUGAUCGGAGCGGCUCCUGGAAAAGUAGCAGAGAAAGUCAUCAUUGAGAACACCAGAGACUCCACGUUUGUAUUCAUGGAAGGCUCAGAAGAUGCUUACGUUGGAUACAUGACCAUAAGGUUCAAUCCUGAUGAUAAAUCCGCCCAGCACCACAAUGCACAUCACUGCUUGGAGAUUACGGUCAACUGCAGCCCCAUCAUCGACCACUGCAUCAUACGCAGCACAUGCACAGUGGGUUCAGCAGUCUGUGUCAGCGGCCAGGGUGCUUGUCCCACGAUCAAGCACUGCAACAUCAGCGACUGUGAAAAUGUCGGACUUUACAUCACUGACCAUGCACAGGGAAUAUACGAAGACAACGAGAUCUCCAACAACGCUCUGGCUGGGAUCUGGGUGAAAAACCAUGGAAAUCCAAUUAUCAGAAGGAAUCACAUCCACCACGGCAGAGAUGUGGGUGUUUUUACAUUCGACCACGGCAUGGGUUACUUUGAGAGCUGUAACAUCCAUAGGAACCGUAUUGCCGGCUUUGAGGUGAAGGCGUACGCCAAUCCAACAGUGGUUCGGUGCGAGAUCCAUCAUGGUCAGACAGGAGGCAUCUAUGUGCACGAAAAGGGUCGUGGCCAGUUCAUCGAAAACAAGAUCUAUGCAAAUAACUUUGCGGGGGUGUGGAUCACGUCUAACAGUGACCCCACAAUAAGGGGCAAUGCCAUUUUUAAUGGCAAUCAAGGUGGCGUCUACAUUUUUGGUGAUGGUCGAGGACUCAUUGAAGGAAAUGACAUCUACGGUAACGCUCUAGCAGGAAUCCAGAUCAGGACAAACAGCUGCCCCAUAGUCAGACACAACAAGAUCCAUGAUGGCCAACAUGGCGGCAUUUACGUGCAUGAAAAAGGACAAGGCGUCAUCGAGGAGAAUGAGGUGUACAGCAACACGCUGGCAGGAGUGUGGGUGACAACAGGCAGCACGCCAGUACUGAGGAGGAACAGAAUACACAGCGGGAAGCAGGUCGGGGUCUACUUCUAUGACAAUGGCCAUGGUGUCCUGGAAGACAACGAUAUCUACAAUCACAUGUACUCUGGAGUUCAAAUUAGGACUGGCAGCAAUCCUAAGAUCAGGCGGAACAAGAUCUGGGGAGGCCAGAAUGGAGGCAUUUUGGUUUACAACUCAGGCCUCGGCUUUAUCGAAGACAAUGAGAUCUUUGACAACGCCAUGGCUGGAGUGUGGAUCAAGACGGACAGCAACCCCACUCUGCGGAGAAAUAAGAUCCACGACGGGAGAGAUGGUGGCAUCUGUAUAUUCAAUGGAGGAAGAGGUUUGCUAGAGGAAAAUGACAUCUUCAGAAACGCCCAAGCAGGAGUCCUCAUUAGCACCAACAGCCACCCGGUCCUGCGGAAAAACAGGAUAUUUGAUGGUUUUGCUGCAGGUAUUGAGAUCACCAAUCAUGCCACAGCGACACUAGAGGGCAACCAGAUCUUCAACAAUCGCUUUGGGGGAUUGUUUCUUGCAUCUGGUGUCAAUGUUACGAUGAAAGAUAAUAAAAUAAUGAACAAUCAAGAUGCAAUUGAAAAGGCUGUGAGCAGAGGUCAGUGCCUGUACAAGAUUUCAAGUUACACCAGCUACCCAAUGCAUGAUUUUUACAGGUGUCACACCUGUAACACAACAGACCGCAACGCCAUCUGCGUGAACUGCAUCAAGAAGUGUCACCAAGGACACGACGUGGAGUUCAUCAGACACGAUAGAUUCUUCUGUGACUGCGGUGCAGGGACGCUGUCAAAUCCAUGCACAUUAGCCGGAGAGCCGACUCACGACACAGACACACUGUAUGACUCAGCUCCUCCUAUAGAGUCCAAUACAUUGCAGCACAACUGAGCUCCAGGGCUGAGGUCCUCUUGCGCUUCAGCAGGAUUGGACAUAAAGACACUUUACGUUGUGCAGCGGAGGAGGAAAUCCAAACUAAAGUACAGAUUCACUUUGAUAGAGCAUAUACAGUGACUUUAAAAAAAAAAAAAAAAGACUUCAAUGGGACCGAGCAGCUGACUCAGGGUUUGUGGGUGUGUUGGUUCAGUCAAGUGAAACUGAUGAGAUGGACAAAAAGCUACAGGCUCAUCGUACUAAAGAAGUGGAGGAACAAGAUACUGCAGUCAUGUACAGUCAGAGGAGGCACAACUUUCUCAUGAGGAGGCAAAUGCUCCAAAACACAACAAUGCUUCCAUCACUGGGCAACCGACGUGCUCGUACGAUGUGUACGGGAAAAAUGACCUAGCACUUCAGCUUUUUCUCCCCCCCCCCAGACAACUGUUGAGAUUUUGAUUUUAAUGCUUUUUGUGUAGUUUUGUAUUUUCAUGCAAAAAUCUUACUGUACUUGAAUGUCUUUAUUUUAUUAAAUGUGUUUAAAUUUUUUUUGUUAUUAUACCCUAGAAUUGCUGUAAUUAUACUCAUGUCACAGUAUCUAACUUCUUUCUAUGAAAGAGAUCAGAGAAGAGAGAGGAAAACACUAAACAUUUUCUCCAGCAACGUUGACUCAUUUACAUUUUGCAAUACAUUAAAUAGAUGCUGCGAUGUGCUUUCACAAGACUUGUAGAUGAGCGUCGUCUUUGUUAGAGAGCUGAACAGUUACCUCUGUUUUACAUAAUCUAUGCAUAUUUUCUGUUUGUCAUACAAAAUCCAGCAUUUUUACUCAAGGCUGCAGUUGUUUUAAGAGCUUAGGGAAUUUCGUUUAUAAUUGAGAUAAUGCAUUUUUAUUUAAUAUUAAAAUCAAACAGGCUCAUUUUCUAUUAAAUGGCUGAACAGCUGGCUGGGAUCAGGGUGAUUGUAUUGUAUGAUUAAACCCUCUGUGGUAUAUUGAUUUAUCAGUUUAGUAGGUUGCAAAAUCUAUAUAGGUCUCACCCUGUAUUAGUCAAUGAACAGCCACAAAUGCUGCUACAAGGCCAAGAUGUACAGUUUCUUUCAUAUACCAGAUUUUAUUUUUUACUUUUAGGGCUCAGAGAAAAAGCAGACAAGUCUUGUGAAAGCACAACGAACCCUCAUUUGCCAACGUUGCUGGAGAAUUAAAACGGCUUUUACU